ACUUGCAGACCAAUUUGAAAAUGCAAAUACAUCGGUAUCUGAACGCAUGAAGAUUUUCUACUGUUGUCAGGUGCCUCCCCAUUGGGCCAUACAGCGUCAGCUUGCAAGCUUACUCUUUGAGCUGGGGUGCACCAGCUCUGCCUUACAGAUAUAUGAGGAGCUGGAAAUGUGGGAAGAUGCAGUCAUCUGCUAUGAAAGAGCAGGACAGCAUGGAAAGGCAGAAGAAAUACUCAGGCGGGAGCUAGAGAAAAAGGAAACACCAGGAUUAUAUUGUUUGCUUGGUGAUGUUCUUAAAGACCACCAGUACUAUGACAAGGCCUGGGAGCUCUCCAGGCACCGCAGCGCCCGUGCCCAGCGCUCCAAAGGCCUCCUCCAUCUCCGCAACCGGGAAUUCAGGGAAUGUGUGGAGUGCUUUGAACGUUCCGUGCAGAUCAACCCUAUGCAGCUAGGUGUAUGGUUUUCCUUGGGCUGCGCAUACAUUGCUUUAGAAGGCUACGAAGGUGCUGCCAAAGCAUUUCAGCGCUGUGUGACAUUGGAACCAGAUAAUGCUGAGGCCUGGAACAAUUUAUCAACUGCUUAUAUCAGAUUAAAACAGAAAAUCAAAGCAUUUCGAACCCUCCAAGAAGCUCUCAAGUGCAACUAUGAGCACUGGCAAAUAUGGGAGAACUAUCUUCUCACCAGUACAGAUCUUGGAGAGUUUUCAGAAGCAAUUAAAGCUUAUCACCGGCUCAUGGACUUAAGAGAAAAGUACAAGGAUACACAGGUGCUGGCUAUUCUGGUCAGAGUGGUAGUGGAUGGUAUGGCAGAUCGCACUGGAGAGGUAGCGAGUGGAUUGAAGGGGAAAUUGCAAGAGCUCUUGGGCAGAGUGACUUCACGAGUGACAAAUGAUGCCAAGAUCUGGAGACUUUAUGCACAGCUUUAUGGAAAUGGACAGAAUGAUAGUGGUGAAGAUAUUGAAAAGUCACUGCAGUGUCUCACUAAGGCACAUAAAUGUGAAAUUCAAUCAAGUGAUUGGGAGAAAGAUGUUUCUUCUUUUAAGGAAGUGGUGAAAGGAGCCAUAGAGAUUGCACAUGUGGCUAUAAAAUGCAGCAAGAACAAAUCUAAUCACCAGGAAGCUUUGCAGAUACUUUCUUCAGCUCGGCUCAACUUACGUGGCUUGUCAUCCAAAGCAAAGCAACUUUUUGUCGAUGUAACAAGUAGUGAGGUUCACAGUGAGAUAGCUGAUGAGGUGACAACUAUGGACAACAUGAUUGCUGAACUUCAGGAGCUGAGCAACCAGCUGAGAAACCAAUGCUGACAUUCGGACCAGAUUUUGUGACAGGAAGUCAAUGAUGACACGCUUCUUUUGCCACAGCUUUUACUGAUGAAAUGGUAACAAUUCUAAUGCAGUAACACUCUCAAUAAACAUUUUUCUGUACA